AUGAAUCACAACCUGAAGUGCUGUGCAGAAAGGGCAAAGGCACACAUACAGAUACAGUACAACCAUAAACAGUGCCUGGAAAGGUCCUUCAUCAGGAGGCAAGAGUCAUUGGAGAAGAACCCCCUGCGGUUCUGGCUCGAGGGGGGAAAGGUCACAAAGCUCUGCCCACAGGAGGCUGAGCAGGUGUGGACUCUCAACAUCAAGAGGUCCAUUCUGAGCAUGUUCCAGACCUCGCACUCGGGACGAGCCAGGGAGACAAUCAGAGAGUCAUUGGAGAAGAACCCCCUGCGGUUCUGGCUCGAGGGGGGAAAGGUCACAAAGCUCUGCCCACAGGAGGCUGAGCAGGUGUGGACUCUCAACAUCAAGAGGUCCAUUCUGAGCAUGUUCCAGACCUCGCACUCGGGACGAGCCAGGGAGACAAUCAGAGAGAGGGGACUGUCGCUGGUGAAGAGCCGAAGCCUCCAGCAGUGCCUCAGUGACAGAAUCGAUCAGUUUUGGAGGCACUCUGUCCCACUGAAGGAUGGCAUGACGGUGAGUGCCGGCCUCACAUGCAUCCAGCUCUAUGAUGGAACAAUGCUGAAGAAGGUCAACUGUACAGAAACAGUGUCACUGGUUCCACUGCCAGGCCUCUUAGAAGUAACAGAAACUAAAACCAUUUCAAGCCUGACUCUCCUGAGAACCCUUGAAGUGAUUCCAUCGGAUUUGGGGCAGAACGCCGGUUACUUGACCAGUAUUGUGUUUGAGGCUGAAGGCCAAAUCUCAGGCAGACAUGGUGGACCAUCAGUUCAAGAGGUUUCCAACACAGUGAGGAGGUUGUGCGCUCAUCUCGCAAAUCAGCAACAGCAAUCUGAGCUUCUCCUGAAUCUGGUGCUCCAGUUGAGAACCUUGUCGUCCCAUCAGUUGAGAGACUUGUGGCAUGAGGCCUCCUUCAAAUGUCGAGAUGACUGGCAGCCCCUUCUAGAUACUCUGUCAGCCUGUGGAACUGAGGAUUGCAUCCUUGUCACUACAGACCUCAUACUCAACAAAGAAGUGGACCAGGAACAAAUCCAACCUCUCCUCAAUACUAUCAGUUUUGCUUCCCACCCUACUUCAUCCAUGAUUAGCCACCUUAGUGCUUUGCUGCAGAUACCUCUUAUCCGUCCAAAAGCACUGCUGGUUGUGUCUUCACUGGUCCACGGACUUUGUCAACAGGAACAGGGUCCAUGUAACGAAAUCUCUGAAGUCCAACAGUUCGUCCAUGUUCUGAAUCAGAGUCUUGAUGCAGGAUGUGAAGUGGAUGAUCAUUUGCAGAUCACAGAGCUGCUGCAUGUGUUGAAAGCAGUGGAGAAUGCAGGAGCGGCUACAUCAGAUCUCAUCCCCACACUGAGCCGCUGUGUGCAGAAUCAGUCUGUGCCGCUGGAGCUUCGGCUGGCAGCUGUACGAGCAUUCAGGAGAAUCCCAUGCCAUCAUGACGUCAAGGACAACUCUUGCUCGGGCAUUUCAAAGCCAGCAGGAGAAUGUGGAGGUCAGAAUCGCAGCAUAUCAGCAGCUCAUGCAUUGUCCAAACCAGGAGAUUUUCACAAUUGUGAAGACGACUUUAAGCAUUGA